CAGUUCUGAACAAACGGCAGGCCCAGGUUCAGGAUGAACUCAUACUUAGAUUACCCCGUGUGCAACCGGGGAGCAAAUAUUUUCAGCACAAAGGCCGGAUACCACAACUUAAACCAUGGAUAUACAUCCUCCAACUCUUGCGCAACAAGUGAUAGUUACGCUCCGGACGGACGUGUAAUGGUCGCAACUUCGGCGACCCACCAGACUCCGAGCCUCCCUCUGCACCACCAGAACCACGUAGGCUUGGACAUGCCGUUCGCAGGACCGGGCAACUCCGUGUAUGGCUCACCUCUGGAGUACGGACAUCACCAGUACGGCCUCGCCCCCGAGCAGGACCGGAGCUUUAUCCACGCACAAGUCUCACCCCUCACCACAAACAUGGCUCCCUACACCGGGGACAGCUGUGGGCCUGGGGUUGCACCGGGAGGCCAGUAUCUGCAUUUUGGCAGCGGGGAUCAGAGGCAGCAAGAAUAUUCAGAAAGUGUUUACGCAAGAUUACCGCCUCCAUGUAAGGAAAGGGAUUUGGAGCAUGUGGAGGAAACUUCGAAAACUUUCGACUGGAUGAAAGUGAAGAGGAAUCCUCCCAAAACAGCAGUCGUGUCGGAGUUCGGUGUUCCCGGCCAGCACAACGUGAUCCGCACUAACUUCACCACCAAGCAGCUGACCGAGCUGGAGAAGGAGUUCCACUUCAACAAAUACCUAUCGCGGGCAAGGCGGGUGGAGGUGGCGGCCAGCCUGGAGCUCAACGAGACGCAGGUGAAAAUCUGGUUUCAGAACCGGAGGAUGAAGCAGAAGAAACGGGAGAAACUGGGCUGUGUUUUAGUCAACACCCCGGCACCAGCGGAGAAACUUUCCACCUCUGAAGCCUCCCCAAAGACAAAAGAGAAAAACUAAACCAUGACUAAAAAUAUGACUGGAGGCCCGAGCACAGUUUUCCACAUUUUCCCCAAAGUUGCACCAUUCCAGAAAAAAACUGAAAAUUGCUUGUGGACUUGUGAACUAUACAGGGUAGGCAGUGUCUGCUUGUAGUCAUUUAAUCUUUCUAUUACACACCUCCAUGCUGUUUUUUCUUUGUUUGUUGGAGCACUGAUGUACUCAGUGUUACCGUUUGCACCAUAGCUGGACUGGCCAUCGGGCAUACCGGGCAUUUGCCCGGUGGGCCGCUCGUGAUUUUUCGUUUUAUGGGCCGAUGGGGUUUUUAUUU